AUGUCGAGACAUCGAGCAGUACGCAAUCUGGAUAUUGACGACGUCUUGGACGAAGACACUUACUCUGACGAUUACGACGAGAACGAAUUGGAUGAAGGAGAUCUCAACGACGAGGAUCGCCAAGAACUAGAGAAUGGUCUUUCAUACGUACGCAAUAUCGUGGGCGAGGACAUUGGCAUAUCCGACACCGAGAUAAAGGAAGCUCUCUGGUACUAUUACUUUGAUCGAGAAGAAACCGUCAAUUGGGUGUUUGACAAGGUUGCCAAGAUCAAGGCCGAAGAAGAGAAGCAAAAGAAAAAGGCAGCAAAGAAAGCCGCAGCAGCAGCAAGUAAAGACAAGCGAGUAACGGAUCAUGUUGCAGAUCGAAAACCAAGAUAUCGACGUCCUCCUGCAAGAUUAUAUGCAGACGUACAGCCAUCGCCACCUUCAUCAUCAUCAUCGCCAAUGGGAUCAUCACUUCAGAGUCUUGCACAACGCACUACCAUGAACAACAAGCCAACACAGAAAGCAUCUUCAUUACAAUCAUUGGCACAAAAAGCAGCUGGGCAACGAGGAAUGUCGGCAUUGCAAACGCUUGCUUCACGCCAACAACAACGUACAGCAACAACGACUACCAACACCACCAAUACUACUACAUCUCCUUCUUCAUCUCCAAAACCUUCAUCUUUGGCUGCACUUGCUCAAAAAUCAUCUGCAAGCAAAGGUCGCACCAGUUUGGCACACCUUGCUACGAGAUCACGUCCAAGUGAAACAUCAACUCGACCCACAUCUUCGAAUCAAGGCUUAUCUGGACUAGCAAAGCUUGCAUCCAAGACGAAUGUAUCAGACAAGCCAUCAUUAUCACCAUCUUUGGAAAAGCAACAACAACAACAACAACAACAGCAACAGCAACAACAAUCAGUCAAGGAGACAAUGAAAGAUGCUACCCCCAAAAAGACAUUUCAUAUUGCCAGCGAUCAACCAGCCAAUCCUCUUUGUGCCAAACCAUCAGCUGCAGCCAACUUUUUGUUUAUGCACAUGUAUCCUCAACAAGCCAACACAACAACAACAACAACAGCGCCCAUUCCAGCAUUCGGUUCAAUAGGCCAAGUCUUUUAUGAAGCUGUCAAAACAUCGGAUGAUACCAUCAAAGUGUUUUCGUUUGACGUACCGAGUCCAGAUGACAUUGUUAUGGAGGCACAGAGUCAACGUAGUGGUGGUCAACUACGCAAAUCAUGA